CUCCGGGCAUGCACCCCCCCAUAGCCCGCCCCUCCACCGGUCCGGGAGCUCCCGCCAUGGACCCUCCCGCCCCUGCCCCCGGGCCGAGCGUUCCAGGCAUGGGCCCCUCCGGAGCCAUCUCCCCGGGCUGGGCCCCCCGGCCGAAACCCGAUUCCCCUCCCCGGAGCCUGCCCCUCCCCUCGGGCUGUGCCCCUUCCCUGGAGCCGCCUCCUUCUGGGCUCGGAGUUCCAGGCAUGUCUCCCCCCCCCCCCCCCAGCCCUCUCCUCGGGCUGUGCCCCCUGGCCGGAGCCUGCGCCCCCCGGAGCCUAGUUCCCGUCAGAACCCCCUCCCCUACCCCUGGGCUGGGAGCUUCGGGCAUGGACCCCCCCCAGAGCCUGCCCCCUUUUCCUGGGCCGAACCCCAGCUGGUCCGGGAGCUCCUGCUGGCUCUUGGCCGCUGCUUUGGGGGACUAGCCAGCAAUUGUGACAGAUCCGAGCACUUUUUUUCUUGGGGGGGGGGUAUGGCUCCCCUUCUCGGACAAAGCCCCUAGUACCAGGGUUCCGGGUCACCCUGCUGGGUGGUGCCCCUGAGCGCCUGGGUCCCAGCGGGCUCCCCAGGGAGCUCCAGGGCUGCAAGCUCCUUUCCAGCAGCUGCCCAGUCUAUUAGUGGCAGACCCCGGCUGAGGCGCUGGCCUGGGAGCAGGGUCUUGGCUGGGGGCUUGUGUGUCUCCCCUGCUGGGGCCAUGCCCCUCCCUGUGCCCCAUACGCUGUGCAAUGACUCCCUUGCCUGCUGUUCCUGCCCAGCUGUGCCCUGAUGGAUAUUGAUCUGGACUAUGAGAGACCCAAUGUCGAGACCAUUAAAUGUGUGGUUGUCGGGGAUAACGCCGUGGGCAAGACACGCCUCAUCUGUGCCAGGGCCUGCAAUGCCACCCUCACCCAGUACCAGCUGCUGGCCACCCAUGUGCCGACCGUCUGGGCCAUCGACCAGUAUCGCGUGUGCCAGGAGGUGCUGGAGCGCUCCCGGGACGUGGUGGACGAAGUCAGCGUGUCUCUGCGGCUCUGGGACACCUUUGGGGACCACCACAAGGACAGGCGCUUUGCCUACGGCAGGUCUGGAGCUCCCCCGUCUUCCCCUCCCGCCUGCAGGUCAGAUGUCGUGGUUCUCUGCUUCUCCCUGGCGAACCCCAACUCCCUGCGCCAUGUGAAGACCAUGUGGUACCCGGAAAUCAAACACUUCUGCCCACGGACACCCAUUGUGCUGGUAGGGUGCCAGCUGGACCUACGCUAUGCUGACCUGGAGGCAGUCAACCGUGCCCGGCGUCCGCUGGCCAAGCCCAUCAGACCCACGGACAUCCUGCCACCCGAGCGGGGCCACGAGGUGGCCAAGGACCUGGGAGUGCCGUACUACGAGACUAGCGUAGUGGCGCAGUUUGGCGUCAAGGAUGUCUUCGACAAUGCCAUCCGUGCCGCCCUCAUCUCCCGCCGCCACCUGCAGUUCUGGAAGUCCCACCUGAAGAAGAUGCAGAGGCCCUUGCUGCAGGCACCCUUCCUGCCCCCCAAGCCACCCCCGCCUGUCAUCCACAUCCCAGACCCCACCACCAGCGGUGGCCAGGGCCCUGCUGCCCUCUUCUGCACCCCCCUCUGUGCUGAUGUGGUCUUCCAGCUGCAGGGGGGACACAGUGUCUUCGCCCAUCGUGUCUACCUGGCCACGUCCUGCUCCAAGUUCUACGACCUCUUCACUCUGGCAGGGUCGGCGAGCCAGGCCCAGGAGCCCUGUGGUGUGGAGCGACGGGCGGCCAAGGAGCCGGCUGCCAGGACUAAGAGCCUGGAGAUGGAGAAGACCCUCCUGGGCGAUGGGGCCCAGGCCCCUCUCAGGACUUCGCAGAGUGACGAUCCCCUGCGGCUGGUGCAGGGCGAGGGCCAGCAGCUCUCAGGGGCCGGGGGCCAGGAGCUGUCGGGCUGGGGACGGGGCUUUGUCAGCAUACAGCUGGGGUUGGUUCAGGACCCCGUGACCCAGCAGGAGAGGCAGAUGAUGGUGGUGUACAUGGACUGCCUGAUCCAGCCGGGGCCCUUCCGCGCGGUGCUGGAAUAUCUGUACACGGGCCACCUGGACCAGGGCCGCGCAGACCUCAUGCAGGUGGCCACCAUCGCCGAGCUGCUGGAGGUCUUCGACCUGCGCAUGAUGGUGGCCAACGUGCUGAACAAGGAGAGUUUCAUGAACCAGGAGAUCACCAAAGCCUUCCACGUGCGCCGUGCCAACCGCGUCAAGGAGUGCCUGGGCAAGGGCGUCUUUGCGGACGUUGUGUUCCUGGUGGACGAUGGGUCGGUGCCGGCCCACAAGCCGCUGCUCAUCGCAGGCUGUGACUGGAUGGUGGCCAUGUUCUGUGGCAACUUUCGGGAGAGCUAUGCCUCUGAGGUCUCCCUGCCUGGCACCAAGUGCGCCUGCCUGCGCGCUGUCCUGGAGUUCCUCUACACCGGGCAUUUCGUCCCCACUCCCGACCUGGAUGCCAUGGAACUCCUGGUCUUAACCAACCGCCUGUGUCUGCCCCGGCUGCAGGCGCUUACAGUAUGCGGUGGACGAGCUGCUCCGAGCCUACGUGCAGCAGGUGGAGAUCGACGAGCAGGUGAUCAUCUACCUGGAGAUGACUCAGUUCCACAAUGCCCAGCAGCUGGCAGCAUGGUGCCUGCACUACAUCUGCACCAACUACAACAGCGUCUGCCGCCGCUUCCCCAGGGAGAUGAAGUACAUGGCGCCAGAGAACAGGGCGCACUUCGAGCGGCACCGCUGGCCGCCCGUCUGGUACCUGAAGGAGGAGGACCUGUACCUGCGCUCGAAGAAGGAGCGGGACCUGGAGGAGCAGCUGCUGCGGAAGCAGCACGCCCGCAGCAAGUGGUGCUUCUGGCGCCCCUCGCCCCACGUCUCCUGAGCCCUGCUUGUGCCUUGCUGAGGGCAGGAGGGGCUGCCAGGCGGGCCGGGCCAGGGUAGGGCUGGCAGCUGGGUGCCUGUGUCCGUCAUUCCCACUUCCAUGGGCACGGCAGCACUUCCUGCUCCCAGGCAGGGCUCCUGGCCAGCUGCUCUCAUGGGGCCGGGCCCCCUUUACUGGCCCCGUGGCCCACUGAGCCUAGCUCUGGCACGUUUACAGGCUCUCCUGGCCACUGCUGCCCUUAGCUUCCAGCUGUGCCUCUGCUGCAGCGUGGCAGUGCAUUCCGGGGGGUGAGCAGGCCCCCAAACCCAGCAGAGCUGUGGGGUUUCCUCUUGUCUAGCAGUGUGGAGGAGUGGGGGCUGCACUCGGGCUGUGAGCAUGACGCUGCUGUGCUUGGGCAGGGAGGGCACCCCUGGGUGGGGCUUGGGUCACAGCUGUCCUUGCCCUUCUCACCUGAUGGUGGGGAUGCUGGCAGGGUCUGAGCCCUGAGCCCACGGGGGGCCUCAGAGCAGCACUUUCCUCCCCGCAGGGUUGGGCUGCACCUCCUCUCCCCGUUCCAGGCUUCCCCUAGGCCUGAGGGCAGCAGAGCUGUGCAGGGGGUUGGAUCAGGGAGCUGAGUGGAGGGGGGGGCUGGGGGCAAGGGCUUGUCCUUGGGACACUAACAGAGCAGUGAGGAGGUGGCUGAGCUGGGGGCAGGUGUGGGGUGGAGCUCUGUGUGGGGGGUGGGGUCUGAGCUUGGGGGGUGCAUAUGGGAGCUGGGUUUGGGCAGGAGAUUUCUGGUUUUGGUAGUUGUAGGAGCUGCUCCAUUUGUGCUUUGCCUGCUCUUGGGAUGGGGGCAGCCUGGAGCCCCCAACCGGCCCCUUUGCUCCUCUGUGCCUUUGACACUACAAGCCUCUUCCCCAGCUCACCUGCCUUGUGAGAGGGGCUGGGUCCCUGGGCAAUGGCCCCCUUCCCCCUUUUGAUACACCUUGGUGCAUUAAGGGAACUGCCCCGGGGUGGCAGGGCCGUGCGUGCCACGUGCACAAUGGGGUUUACACUUUUCUAGGGAGCCCGGCUCCUGCCAGGCCUCGCGGAGCAGGGUUCCCACGCUGAGCCGUCCCCUCACUCCGAUCGAAGGGCUGUUUGUAUCUGCGUUUCUAACCACUGUGAGCCAGCCUUGCGCUGCCUGGCCUUUUUACACCUCGCAGUAUUGGACUGUUUUAACCUUUUAUUAAAACCUUUUGUAAUGUG